AUGUCAGGAAUGAUCCAGCCUGGUGGCCUAGGCAACCAUAAGUUACAGCAGCAAAUCAGUGCUGUCGUUUCUGUUGCUGUUGAGGCCCUACAUGCUCGCUUCGGUAGUCUAAUAAACAAAGACAGCCAGUGUCCAGCAUAUACUGCAAUUGAUUGUUUCAAAAUUUUUAACCAUGACACAUGGCCAGAAAAUGAAGACGUUCUACUAGAUUAUGGCAGUGAGCAGGUGGAUGUUCUUCUAAAUCAUUUUCAAGAAGUACUGCAAAGAGGUGGAUGCCAGACAGACAACGUUCAAGGGGAGUGGAGAAGUCUGAAGACACUUGUAAGACAAACAUUUCAAGACAAGUCCUACAGCAGCUUGUGGCAAACUUUGUCCACCAAAGAGCCAUACAAUGUUGACUACAAGAACAUACUGCACCUUGUCGAGAUGAUGCUGAUUCUACCUAUAUCAGCUGCACAGUGUGAGAGAGGAUUCUCAGCACAGAACCGCAUCAAAAACUCCACUCGAAGCAGUCUGCACGUAUCGACCACGGAGGAUCUUAUUCAAAUCAGCACUGAGGGACCUUCUCUGGAGAGAUUUGAUCCAAGCAAAUGCGCAGAGAAGUGGCUGUCUUCAAGUAAACGUUCAAGAAAACCACACUACAAAGCCUGGCCAGCUGAAAUAUGCAGCAUCUGAUUGCUGUUCACUGUGUGGCAGGAACAUUAAUUGUGUUCAGCAGUGCAGAUGUCAAUAAAGCUUUUAAAAGGACAGUUUACCCAAAAAUGAAAAUUCUGUUAUCAUUUGCUCACCCUCUUGUCAUUCCAAUACCUUAAGUCUUUCUUUCAUCUUCAG